GAGCCGCGCCGAGCUGUCAAAGCUACAGGGUGGCGCCGGGAGUGCCAGCGCCGCGCAGCUCCAAGUCCCCGGCCCCAGCUCUCUCUCCCGGGUCCCAAGCCCGGGCGGCAGCCAUGAACCGCGAGGAGCAGUACUACGCGGCCACGCAGCUGUACAAGGACCCCUGCGCGUUCCAGCGGGGCCCGGCGCCCGACUUCAGCGCCAGCCCCCCUGCGUGCCUGUACAUGGGCCGCCAGCCCCCGCCGCCGCCGCCGCCGCCGUUCCCCGGAGCCCUGGGCGCGCUGGAGCAGGGCAGCCCCCCGGACAUCUCCCCGUACGAGGUGCCUCCGCUCGCCGACGACCCCGCGAUGGCGCACCUCCACCACCACCUCCCGGCUCAGCUCGCGCUCGCCCACCCGCCGGCCGGGCUCUUCCAGGAUGGAGCCGAGCCGGGCGCCCUGGAGGAACCCGGCCGCGUCCAGCUGCCUUUCCCGUGGAUGAAAUCUACCAAGGCUCACGCGUGGAAAGGCCAGUGGGCAGGCGGUGCCUACGCCGCGGAGCCCGAGGAGAACAAGCGGACUCGCACCGCCUACACCCGCGCGCAACUGCUGGAGCUGGAGAAGGAGUUCCUAUUCAACAAAUACAUCUCCAGGCCGCGCCGCGUGGAGCUGGCCGUCAUGCUGAACUUGACCGAGAGGCACAUCAAGAUCUGGUUCCAAAACCGCCGCAUGAAGUGGAAGAAGGAGGAGGACAAGAAGCGCAGCUGCGGGCCCCCGGCGGCGGGAGGUGGGGACGCGGAGCCCGAGCAGGACUGCGCGGUGACCUCCGGCGAGGAGCUGCUAGCGCUGCCGCCCCCGCCGCCCCCCGGGGGUGCCGUGCCGCCCGCGGGCCCCGCCGCCGCCCGAGAGGGCCGCCUGCCGCCGGGCCUUAGCGCAUCACCGCAGCCUUCCAGCGUCGCGCCCCUGCGACCGCAAGAAUCUCGGUGAGAUACUCGCCCAGGCGGGAGGAGCGGACCCAGGACCCCGGGUGUGACCACCGGUCCAGGCUGCAGGGGAGAACCCGGGGGCUCUGAGGCCCCUGUGCCCACUGGGAAGCGGUGGGGAGACGCUGUCCUCCUCCCCCUGGAGAAGUGACGUUCUCUGUAAUGUCCGGGGCCCCUUCGGGUGAAACUGCUGGGACUGGCAAAGACUGGAGUGUUGGACCUCUUUUUAGAGAAGCCAACUCUUCAAAAAGACCAUAAAAACUGUACAGAUAGGAACCUUGCCCCAACACAAGCAGGCAAGCUGGCUGGAGCCCCUUCAUCUGCCCGGAAACAGAGCCAUUUUUUACUCUAAAGGUCUCUCUGCCUUUUCCUUUAGAAAUAAUUGAAAGGAAAUACCCGAGAUUUCAAAGACCUAGUGAAAUGGAAUAGAAUAAUUCCUCCUCUUCUGUUUUAACCUUUUCAUCAGAACCAGGCACCUCACUGCACAUCCUUCGGCCUCCACUACCUUGCAGAGGUCCCUGGGCAGCGGCAGGGCAAUGUACAACCCCGUUGGUGAGGUGGGAGGGACCUGGAGGUUUGGGGGAGAAAGAGGCCCGGAUCAAUCGCUGAACCAGAGAUAUGUGGGUGUGCAUUUAGUUCCUGGUCUCCUGGCAGGGAAGACUGCAGAGGCAAGCAGGGGGGCCUGACUCACCUUGGAAACUAUCCAGAGUGUGAUUUCCACAUCCUCAGAGAUGAGGAAAGCUUCUGCGGUCGGGGAGCUUGGGGGGAGGGAAAAUGGCUAUUUUUAUUUAAAGUUUUUAAAUUACC